AUGCCAUCAUCGAAAAACGCUAGGGUAUGUGGUAAUGUUCAACCUUUUUUGGGGACUUUGAAAAUGACUUGGGACACUUUGGCCACGUUUGAUUGGGGACGACGUUGAGCCAAAAAUGAUUAUCAGAACUAGAAUUGGAAAAUGAUAAAACAUCCUAACUUUCUAGAAUCCUAAAAGUAUUCCGAAUGUGAGAUUGUCACAUUUUUGGAAUACAUACGUGCAACUUUGGAUAUAACGUUCAAUAAAAACGUUUUUUUUUUCAAGUUUCAACAUUUUGAUGUGAAUUCCUUUCAAAGUAAUUUCAUCCAUCUUUGAGAACUUGCAUCUCAUCAAAAGUAUAAACUUUAUAAUUAGGUCAAUUUCAAUGUCUUCUCUUCAACGAUCAAGAGUUAUCUUUACUUUCAAGUUUCUCGAAAGUUCCCUCAAUUUUGUUCUCGAAACUUCUAUGAAUUAUUUUUAGGAUUGUGAAACUUAAGAUUGCGUCAUGUGCUAAAGUACAUAUUCUGAAACGCUUACGAAUAUUCUCCCCCCAAAUUUGUCGAAUAUACAUACAAUUCAAGUAUUUCGCAAUUCGUUUCUAUUUGUCUUCGCCGUCUAUCUCUUUUCUUUGUGGGCGAACAUUGCGAAAUUUCAUCUGAAUCAAUGCUAUUUCGCAAUACGUUUCUCUGUGUCUCUCACUUUUCCUCUUCGUCUCACAUCAAAAAGCCCCGCCCGCUUUUUUGGUUAGUACUGUAUUCAGUAUUUUGCAAUCUCACGAAACAUAUUGUUAAAUCCAGACUAUAUAAUUCAUAAGUUCGGAAUAAAAUUUAAAAUGUGAAUUUUAUUUUUAUUUAUUAUGAAAAUGAGACCUAUUUUUUUCUCUCACAUUUUUCUUGUUCCAAUCAAUGUGUUCUCAUUUUCAUCACCUUUAUUGUUUUGCUUUAAACUCAUAAAUUUUCAGAAGAUGGAAAGACAAUCGAUUUCGCGCAAGCGAAAUUUUUCGUCACGUCUUCCUCAAACUGGUGAUGUACCUGCUGCACAAAAUGUUGUGAACCCGACUCUUCCACAAUCCAAAAAGUUUGCUUUAUCAACUCCACCAUCCUCAUCAAAUUCUUCACCUUCAACACCGAUCUCAUUUCCUUCUUCUGUUGCCCCACCAAAAUCAUCUGAUCAUUUGAACGACGGUGAAGUUUAUCAUAAUUAUGUGAUUAAUGGAUGUGGUAAAUCAGUAAAAGCAAUUCACACACCAACAAAAACUGUUUUUGUUGCAACAUCUUAUAAUGCAAUUGAAGCUCAGAAAGUGAUUAAAAUUUUGUAUCGUAUUGAAAUUGGCCAAAAAUAUUACAAGAAAGAAAAUUAUGAUGAAAUGAGGUAAGCUAAUUGAAAAAUGAAUCUUUUUAAUAUAAAAUAUUCAUUGAUUUAGUGAUCGAAUUUGGCCGAAAGAAGCUGAAUUCAUAAAAGUGAACAGUAACAAAUAUGUGUUAUUUGUUCCAUCAAUCGAAGAAAAUGUUCAUACUUUGGCAUUUGAUAAAGCUGAAGAUUUGACAGAAUUCGAUAUUCAAAAUAUUUUCUUUCAAUUGGCAAAUAUCACUGACUUUUGCCAUCAAAUUGGAAUAAUUGUUCGAGAUUUGAAACCAAGAAGAAUGUUAUUGAAAAAUAUAAAAUCGAAGCCUAUAUUGUAUAUCACAUCAAUCACAGAUUUUACACUUCUUGAUGAUCCAGAAAAAGAUUUAAUCAAAGAUCGAUUUAUAUCUCCAGCGUUUGUUCCACCAGAGGUUAGUUAGAUUUUAUUUUUUUUCUUCAAAUCUAAACCCUCACUUUUACAGCUCUUGGAUAUGGGACCUGAUGGAUAUUCUGGAAAAAGCUUGCGAUAUUUGGGGAUUGGGUGUACUUUUAUAUAUGUUGAUUGUUGGGCGAUUCCCAUUCUACGAUAAAACUCCGGCUGCAGUUUUCCGGAAAAUUCGUAGAGCAACAAUCAUUUUCCCGCAGCUUUUAUUAUCAAAAGAUUGUAAGUGAUCAAUAUAAGCAAAAUGAAUAAAAUCCUGAAAUAAUAAUUUUUAGUUACAAAUAUGGUGCAUACUUUGUUGCAAAAAGCACCAGAAGAUCGACCAACAGCUGAUGAAAUUGGUCAAAUGACACUUCCCUCUUCAAAUUUACCAUGUAGAUCAAAAUGCCAACAAAUGUUGUCGGACAUGGUGCGCAAAUUUGAAAAUAUGAGAGAGGCAUUGGAUGCAACAAAUUCUGUUGAUUUACUUCCUGAAUUAGAUGAGAGAAGAGAACGAAUGUUGCGAUCUCCUUUACGAGUUCAUGCAACAAGAUGGUAUGGAAAUAUGAAAAUGGUAGUGAAAAGAAACAUGGAUGAAAUAAAUAAUAUUACGGCGCAAAAACGUAUGCAAUUGGAGAAUCGUAAAGAAUGGGCACCUUUGAUUCGACGAAUUGCUGCUGAACGUUUUGCACUUAUCAUGACUUUGUAUAAAAGGGAAAAUAGAGAGCCGCAUCCGGGUCUAAGCGUAUCGAAUCUUCCAUUGGAACUCCUUCUCCCACCUGAAGUUUAUCCACCAAGACCGGAUUUCAGAAUGAAAAACUAUGCGAUUACUCAUGAAAUUUAUUAUCUUCUUAAAAGACACGAUUCGUUGAAAUUUCCAACUAUUCUUGCGGAUGGUGAACAAUAUAAUUUCAAAGUUCCUAUCAAACUUUGA